AUGUACUACAUCCUAUAUCUCUCAAGUCUUUGCCGACGUCGUCGCUGGUCGGACCCGCACUACGAGUCCUACCAGUACCCCACCGGGUUCACAUGCACUGUGCGUGUCAAUGGGCGAGAAUACCAGUCGCAAUCAGUCCUUGACACCGAGGUCCUUGCACGCGAAGCUGCCGCGAUGCGCGCUUAUUUGUUUUGUCGGAACUUUUCCCUCAAUGAGGGCAAGCAGCCCGGUCCCAACAGGAUGGCUGCCGGAACGCCAGCAUGA